AUGUGUGGAAGAGAUGCACCUUUCCUACUCCAAGCCGCUAGGGGCCGCGUUCGCACCAAAACCGUAAAGAAGGCGGCCCGGGUCAUCAUUGAGAAGUACUACACGCGCCUGGGCAAUGACUUCCACACCAACAAGCGGGUGUGCGAGGAAAUCGCCAUUAUUCCCAGCAAGAAGCUCCGCAAUAAGAUCGCAGGCUACGUCACACAUCUGAUGAAGCGGAUUCAGAGAGGCCCGGUGAGAGGUAUCUCCAUCAAGCUGCAGGAGGAGGAGAGAGAGAGGAGAGACAAUUACGUGCCUGAGGUCUCAGCCCUGGAUCAGGAAAUCAUUGAAGUAGAUCCUGACACUAAGGAAAUGCUGAAGCUCUUGGACUUUGGCAGUCUGUCCAACCUGCAGGUCACUCAGCCUACAGUUGGGAUGAACUUCAAAACACCACGUGGAGCUGUUUGA